AUGACUGCACUGCUCUCGUUUCACAAGUCAAUUAUUGAGAGGAUUCAUGACCCUGCCACAAGCGAUUUGCUCAUCCUUGCGAGAGGACUGGGCCUCAGGAAAAUUGUAUGCACCCUCAUGAAGAUUUACGAUUCGCCUCAGAACCUUGUGCUUCUCGUAAAUGCAACACCGGAGGAAGAAUCUGCUAUUGGCGAGGAACUAGGUAUCAUGGGAUGUCGACGGCCAGGCUUGCGUGUUGUUGGUUACGAGACUGCGAGUAAAGACAGACAGAAUCUUUACAAGCAAGGUGGCAUAAUCUCCGUCACCUCGCGUAUCCUCGUUGUUGAUAUGCUCCAGUCGGAUAUACCGACUGAACUCGUCACUGGAAUGCUCGUCCUUCAUGCCGAGAAAGUGACACCACUGGUUCUAGAGGCCUUCAUCGUUCGACUGUAUCGCGAGAAGAACAAGAAGGGCUUCGUCAAGGCGUUCACUGAUCAACCUGAGCACAUUACCAGUGGCAUGUCGCCGCUGAAGAACAUAAUGAAAGAGCUGCAACUUCGGAAUGUUCACAUUUAUCCACGGUUUCACGAGGAAAUUAAGAAAUCGUUGGAGCGUCGACGAGCGGACAUCGUGGAACUGUCGCAAAAUAUGACGGAACCUAUGGCCGAUAUCCACCACGCCAUCAUCCAGUGCAUGACGAUCACCUUGUCUGAGCUCAAACGAUCGAACACGACUCUCGACUUGGACGACUUGAACGUCGAGAAUGCCUACUUCCGUUCCUUUGAAAUCGUUGUUCGCCGCCAGCUGGAUUCUGUGUGGCACAAAGUUGGUCCCAAAACGAAGCAACUCGUCAACGACUUGGGCACCUUGCGAAGACUACUAUAUUACCUCCUCACAUACGACGCCCUCCAGUUCCACGCCUAUCUUGAGACUCUCAUCGCCGCCGACAACGUUGGCUCCAAUGGAGGUGCAAAGCAACAUCACUCGCCGUGGAUGCUUACCGACGCCGCCAACAUGAUCUUCGAAGCAGCGAAACGGCGAUGUUACCUCAUCACGUCGACGUCCAAGGCUCCGAAGCCAGUCAUUGACUUGACGGAGGACGAGGAUGCAUGGGCGGCGUUGGACGAGGCAGAGGGACUGACAAAGAUUCCAGACCAAGGAAAAAGGAAGGAGAAGGAUGGUCGGCCGAGCUGGCUUCCAGAUGGCCUGGAACCUAUUCUCGAAGAGCUUCCCAAGUGGAACCUCCUGUCUGAAAUCUUACUUGAAGCGGAGGGAGAGAUGAUCAGGCAAGAAAGCCUGAAGAAAUCUGGAGCACUUCCUUCAUCCAGCUCGAACGAUACCAUUCUGGUGAUGACCUCGUCGACAAGGAAUUGCAGCCUUCUAACAGAAUUCCUCGCAUCGAUGAACCACGCCGCACCGCCUGGCACACGAGCCCAGGCGAUGAUGCUACGGAAGCUUCGGCUGUAUUUGUGGUGGAAAGGCGAGCUCAGCAAAGGAGAUGGCAAGGCCUCCUUCGGGAUGCUCGAUGGAAACCAGCGUGGAGCGGACAAGCCCUACGGGAGUGGCGAUAGAGAGGAGCUUAGUGAGGCGUUGCAGAAGAAGGAUAAGGAAAAGGCACAGAGGGCUCAAAGUCGACGGCGUGUCCGUGGCGGCGGGCCAAGUGGGGCCACUGGCACCCGAGGCGAGGCUGUGGUGAAGCCAGAACCAAAAGAGUUCAAGCUCCAAGAGAUGAGGUACGAGGAGGAUGGAUUCGUUGAAUUCUGGAAAUCCAACGAAGAAGCCCUGCACUCUGGACAGCCAUUGGAACUACUCGACGACCCAAUGACCCUCCCGGAUUUUGGGUCGGAUACUUUGGCAAGCGACUUCGACGACAAUUACGGCUUGCUCCCUCCUCAGCAGACUGUCCUUAUUCGUGCCUACUCCGACGACACUGAUGACAGGAUGUUAAGCGAGAUAAAGCCAAAGUUCAUCGUCAUGUUUGAGCCGGACAUGGACUUCGUACGUCGCAUCGAGGUUUACAAAAGCUCUAAUCCGGGGUUAGCAGUACGAGUAUACCAUAUGGUGUACCAUGAUUCGUGCGAGGAGCACAAGUACCUCGCCGCAAUCAGAAAGGAGAAAAACUCCUUUGAAAGACUGAUCAAAGAACGAGGGUCUAUGCUGAUAACUCUCGUGGAAGACCGAAGAGAAGGAUCUAGCGCCAAUGAUGCACUCAUCAAGACUAUCAGCUCGCGAGUAGCAGGAGGAAGACGCGAGUUGAAUAUGGAACCGUCGAGGGUAAUCGUCGAUAUGCGAGAAUUUCGCUCGACACUGCCAUCGCUGCUGCAUGCAGCCCGGUUACUUGUGAUUCCUGCCACACUAACUGUCGGCGACUAUAUCUUGACACCGGAUAUCUGCGUCGAGCGCAAGAGCUUAUCCGACUUGAUUUCUAGCUUCAACAGUGGUCGGUUAUAUACUCAAUGCGAACUAAUGUGUGCCUACUACAAAUUUCCGAUCCUCUUGAUCGAGUUCGAAGAAGAUAAAGCCUUUACCCUCGACAUUAUCACAGAGAUGAAAACGUAUGGAAAGGCAAACAAGUACCCACCAAAGAAACAAGCUGGCCCACCCUCGGACAAGCCAACAUAUUCCUCGACAACGCUGCAAUCGAAGAUUGUCCUUCUUACACUGACUUUCCCCCGCGUUCGCAUAAUCUGGUCUUCAUCCCCCUACGCAACGGCCGAUGUCUUCAAUGACCUCAAGCUUAACAAUGCCGAACCCGACCCUGUGAAGGCCAUUGGCAUUGGUGCUGAUAAUGACCCGGACGCAGGUGCCGGUGUGAAUACAGCGGCGGAGGAGCUCCUUCGAUGCAUCCCAGGUAUCACAGCGAGCAAUGUAAAGAAAGUGAUGAACCAAGUGGAGAAUGUCCGUGAACUCUGCUGCUUGAGCUUGACGCAGGUUCAGGCGAUGAUUGGGAAGGAUGCUGGGAAGGCAUGCUACGAUUUUAUUCAUAAAGGGGAUAGGUGUGCAUGCGUUGAUGGUGUGAUCCUCAUCCGCAUCGUGCCUCGAAGUCUGUUGUUGAACUCGAAAGGCUGGAUAAUUGCCAUGCCCGUCAAAUCCCUCGUCGUGGGCGUGGCCAAUUUCUGUUCUCUGGUCCUCAAUCUCGUCGCGACUCCGACUACAAGGGCGACCACCAGAAUUCAGUAUCUCUCUGACGACUCAGAGCUGACUGCCACCGAAGAUCUCAUUCAGCCGUUAGAAAUGUCGGAAAUCUCAUCAACUGCAACAUUCUGGUGUUCUGGUGGCUCUGCCGAUGUGUAUUGUGGAGAGCUCGCAGGUCGCCGUGUUGCCAUCAAGGCGCUGCGAGUGUACGAAAAAACGAAGCUACGAAUAGACGCUUCAAACGCGAAAUUUCAAUCAUGA